CCUGGACUCGCCGAAUUAUCUUAGUUUAUUUUCGUUUUUAAAUAAUUAACAAAAUGUCUAUGUCGGAUUUAAAGCAUUCAUUGCGGAAAUAUGAAUUCCCUCAAUGUGCGAAAGAGGCUCUUUUAAGAAUAGAACAACUGCUGGCCGGUCGUACAGCCCCCAGCAGUAAGCAAGUGGACGUGGCUAUGGAGAUAAUUUCCGAGUUCAUAUUCUGCGAGUCAACGCGACGCGGGGAGCGGAGGGGUUUGAACCCGCUUCAAGAGCUACAGCUUAUUGACGUGAUCUGCGAGUACUUAUCGAGCUGUACGAACGAGACGACGAAGAACACUAUAUUCUUGUCUUUGUUUGGAGGUGGAGAUACUCAGAAGAGACUGAAAAUAUUGAGUAUACUUGCUAGUAUGGCUGUGUCAGCUUCCAGCACACCAGUACUACUGGCAGUUGGUGUAUGGCUGCAGCAAAUGGGUUGCUCAUCACCACCAUCCCUGCAACUAGUAGAAAACAUCAUCAGAGACCACUUUCAUCUAAACACAUUCAACCAAACUGCCCUCAAGAGCUUAGCCUCCAGUGCCCCUCAGUUUGUAGCCAAUUUCAUCACAGCCGUCACAGAAUUGUACAUGCAGGAGGUGAAUGGUGUGAGGAAACUCCCACCUAAGAACUUACUGGAAGUGAUCACAUCUUGGGUAUACUCUAAUCCCACUCUAUGCUUGUCAGCGCAGAAUAAUCCACCACAGUUACCGCCUGGUUCCAUUCCAAUGGCAGCUGUGACGCCCCUAGCGGGACUUGUUCAUUGGUGUACACUAGCACCACUUUAUAUAGACUCAGAUUCUGAAAUGGUGGAGGUGUCACCGCCAAAAAAGAUCAAAAUAGAAGGAGAGAACCUGUCACUGAUCAAACCUGUGCCGGCUAAAGUGUUGACAGAGUCAGAGCUGUAUAUUAAAUUACAUUUAGGGGUGCUGCACAGCCUGCGCGGGCGCCGGGCGGGGGUCGCGGGCGCGGGGCGACGGCGGGCGGCGCCGUGCACGCGGCGGCGCUGGCCGCGCCCGCGCCCGCGCUGCUGGCGCACGCCGCCACGUGCGCGCGCCCGCACACAGAUACCAACCUACAGGACUGCCUAGACCGACUAGGCCAAGCAGUGCAAGUGGCUCUCUCAUCCGGAUGCGUAUAUGGCAACAUCAACCACCUGCUAGCAACCCUGGACUCCCUGCCAGAGAACAGGCUGCUCCGAAUCGUGGUGCAAACACACCGGUCGCU